AUGAAUAAUUAUAUUCCCUUAUGUUUAAUAGCACUGGUUGCUAUCAUACAAACAGUACCAACAAUAAAUAAUUAUAAUAAUAACAACAGUAAAAAUAAUAAAAGUAUUCAUGACGAUAAUGACGGCUUCUUAACAAAUAAUAAUUUACAAGAUGAUCAAAAUUACAAAGCAAAAGUCGUACGUGAUAUUCGUCGUAUAAUUGACGGUAAACUACAUCAUAUUAAAGCAGCCAAUAUUGCUUAUCGUCAACGUUUACGUGAUGAUCAAUGCGUAGUUGAAUACAAUGAUCAAUAUUUAAUUGAAAAGAGUGUUAUACAAAUUCGAAAAAAGCUUUAUAAAGUAGAAGAUUGUUUAUUGGAAAGAGUAUUUCAUGCAUGUGGUCCAAAUUUAUUAUUAAUGUUAAAUGUUGUUUGUCGAGUUGUUGAACAAUAUCAAACAACAACACCAUUACCAAGUGUCCAACAACGAACAAUUCCAGCAUCAGCACUAUUUUUUCGCCGAAUAUAUCCAACAAUUAACAGAAUGCCAAGAGAAAAUAGAGCAUCACGAGUGAUUACAGAAUCAUGUUGUGAAAGUCUAUGUACCCUGUCUGAAUUAACGAGAUAUUGUCAUCGUUAA